AUGGGUACCAAUUCAGUGGAGAAGGCCCCCCAUCUAACCCAGCUCUACGGGGAGCCGACCCAAGUAUCAUCCCGGCAACUGCAGCGUAACUACGUUAAAAAGGCCAAACUCCAGAAUUACCUAACCUUCCUCAAGCAUUGCCGUGACUCAAGCAUCACCCCAACCGGACUACUACUCAAAUCUUCAAUCAGCACUCGACGGGCAAAACUGAUCAUACACAAGGCAGGACAAGCCCUUGUCAGAGAGGGGAUCUCCAACACCGCCAUCAACUCCAUACCAUGGAGCAAGACAUCCAAACAUCAGAAGCCUUCAACACCUCUACAGCUGGGAAAACUUUCCAGUCAACCCCGACAGAAGCAGAUCGUCAAAUUCAACAAACUUCUAGCCAACAGCCAGAAAUCAACCAACCAGACAACAUCAACGGGCACCAAGGACACCGUUAUCAACCUCAGCAACCAUCCACUCAUGGAAACCAAACACAAAGUCGUAUUAUUAGGUCUCAACUUCGCUGUGUCACCCAAGAAGAUCCCGUUCUCAGAAGUCAUCCAACAAGUAGAACCCAAACUGAGAUUCCUGAGCCGAACCGCAGCUGAAAAAAAAUCUGUUUCCAAGUCACCCAAUCCCUAUCCACAGCUAAGCCACCACAACCCAACAUUAGCAAACCAGAACAAGCCGCUAUCAAAGAUCUACGCACUAGCAACAGAAAGGAAACUUAACCAGGGACUCCUCUCUCUUCACAGAACAGAAGUCGUAUCCAAGCCACUCUACUUCAAACUUCACUCAUCUUCAGCUACCUGCCCCAUCCUGUUUGGCCAGCUGAAGAUACACAAACCUACCAUUCCACUUUGCCCCAUCAUUUCAACCCAAGGAUCGCCUUGCUAUGACACAGCCAAACACCUGACCUCGAUUCUCCAACCACUCAUAGGACAAUCGUAG